AUGGAAGACAGGAUAGAAGAAAUGGGUGAAACGGAUAAAAUCGAAGAGUUAGAAAACGAAAUUGCUGAUAAAACCACCCAGCUCACACGACAAGAAAAGCAAGUGACAGAACUACAGGAAAAAACCAAAAAAACCAAUCAAGAGACACUGAAGCUUUUCCAGGCAGUUGGGGAUUUAUCUAACAGAUUACUCUCUAUAGAUUUAAACACUGACAAAUCUAUGAAAAAGAUUCAAAGAACCAAUGAUUACAAAAAAACAACUCAAGACAAAUCCGCGGCUAAGCAGGCUAGAUUAAAGGCUAUGCAAGAAAAAUAUGGUAUUGUGUCACCCAAACAAACCUUCCUAGAACGUAAAUCGGUUAACGAGUUCCAGAAAGAAAUGAAUGAAAACCCACAUCUAGACAGCGAAACUAGAAAAAAAAUGAAAAGCAGGCUCUUCACAAUCGAUGCAUAUGCCAUAGUCGACCAAAUGAACGACUUAUUGAAUGAGGAGAUUGUGGAAGCUAUUGGUUACAAUCGCAGAGGGCAUCUAAUUCUCUAUUCUACAAGGGAAUUGACAGAUUUAGACGUCAGAAAAUUGACAAUAAUCGAUGAUAUUGAAGGGAGAUUGAAACAUACUCGAGGAAUAGGUGCGUCAUAUGGCUGA